UUUUAACCAUGAAGUAACCUUCCUCCUAUCUCUCUCUCUCUCUCUCUCUGUUGAGAUCUCCCUGAAAAAUUCUAAAUCAGAUCUUCAAAAAAGUCACCUCCUUUAAACAUUCUUCCCCAAUCUCUCUAUCCAAAACCUAAUCUCAGCCAUGGAUCUAGCUGCAGAAGAGCUUCAAUACCUUAACAUUCAAGGUAUAUUACGUGAAUCAACAACGAUCCCCAAAUUUUCCCCAAAAACCUUUUACCUCAUAACCCUAACCCUAAUUUUCCCUCUCUCCUUCGCAAUCCUCGCUCAUUCCCUCUUUACCCAACCAAUCUUAGCUCAGCUCGAUUCAUCUCCUCCUCAAGAUCAAUCUCAGACCAAUCACGAAUGGACCCUUCUCCUCAUUUACCAAUUCAUCUACGUUAUCUUCCUCUUCGCCUUCUCUCUCCUCUCCACGGCAGCCGUCGUCUUCACCGUCGCGUCUCUUUACACGGGGAAGCCUGUUUCUUUCUCAUCAACAAUGCACGCGAUUCCUCUGGUUCUGAAACGUUUGUUCAUCACGUUCCUUUGGGUUUCUCUGUUAAUGCUUGUGUACAACUCUGUUUUCUUGCUGUUCCUCGUGGUUUUGAUCGUGGCCAUUGAUUUACAGAGCGUGAUUCUCGCUGUGUUCUCGAUGGUUGUGAUCUUUGUUCUGUUCUUGGUUGUUCAUGUUUAUAUGACUGCGUGGUGGCAUUUAGCUAGUGUUGUCUCUGUUCUUGAACCCAUUUACGGGAUCGCUGCGAUGAAGAAGAGCUAUGAGUUGCUUAAAGGAAGGACUAAUAUGGCUUGUACUAUGGUUUUUGUGUAUCUUGCUCUUUGUGGUAUCACGGCUGGUGUUUUCGGUGGUGUUGUGGUUCAUGGAGGAGAUGAUUUCGGGUUGUUUACCAAGAUUGUUGUUGGAGGUUUCUUGGUUGGGAUUCUAGUGAUUGUGAAUCUUGUGGGAUUGCUUGUGCAGAGUGUGUUUUACUAUGUUUGCAAAAGUUUUCAUCAUGAGGAGAUUGAUAAGUCCGCGUUACACGAUCAUCUUGGUGGGUAUCUUGGUGACUAUGUGCCUUUAAAGAGCAGUAUUCAGAUGGAGAACUUUGAUAUUUAAUCGUCAAAUGGAUUGGAUGAUGAUAAAGAAACAGUUUUUUGCAGUUUGUCAUUGUAAGUUGUAAUGUUUGUAAUUUUUCUAUAGUGUUUGUUUAGCUUUUUUUACAUACCUAAAUUAACUUGGGAAUAGACUGAAAUUGCAGAUGUUCUGUUCCUUGUAAUUUUCUUAGUGUUUUGUUCAAAAUUGAAAGAUUUAAUGAAAUAAAAUUUUUACUAGACAAUUUCUUAA